AUGUCCAUAACAGGCCAACUAUCGCGACCAGCCGAGCGCCAACCUUCAAUGGCCACUGAUAAUUUUAGAUCAUUCUCAGCCUCUUUGAUUACGCAGUCGGAAACACGCCUGCAAAGACCUGGGCAGCUGUUCGCUUCCGCGGCAGGCGACAUCGCGACAUCGAUCUCAUCCACCUGGGUGGCCACCUCAUCUUCGAAACAGAUUCGCGUGUACAACGUGCCUGAAGCGGACAAAAGCCGGGCUAUCUCUCCCAAGGCCACCUUAUCCAUCAAGCUGGUCUCAAAGCAUGAAGGGAUUCGAGCAAUUGCACUAUCUGAGGACCUUCUCGCUGUGAUUACCCAUAGCCAUCUUCUAGUAUACGAGGGGUACAAAACGGUUGGAGAUCUUUCAAGUAGCCUUUUUGACACUAGAAGCGUGGACAAUGAUCAAUGCUGGACUCCCAAAUCACUGUCCAUCUCGCAAACCGGUACGACGGCUAUGAGCGAAGGAGCUUCAGCGAGUAUAGCGGUCGGUGGCGAAGGAGAGAACGGGGUCAAGGUGUUCAAGUACGCUUACAACAAUGGCUGGAAAGCUCAGAACGACCGACUGAUCCUGAAAUGCCCAAGAAACAACGGUGCGGUCAAAAUUGUCGGCUUCUCCCCUAAUCGCAGAAAUGCCAUGUAUGGGCCGAUGGCAUUUGCUUUGACAACGGGAAACCAACUAUACUGUUGGAGCUUGGGUCGAAGCGCAAGAGCUGGAAUGCAAAGUAUGCAGCCGUCUUGGCACAUUGACUGCAAUUCGACCAGCAAUCAACGCCCUUAUCGAGAUGAGAUAUCGUCUGCAGCACUGAUAAUUUCCCCAACAGGCAGACCGUAUAUGUUCUGCACAGUGAACCAUAAGCAAGGAUCUCAUCUGCUGCCGACCUUCAUCGUGCCGGUUGAUAUGCUUGAAAAGGAUCCUUGUGUUCUGCGUCAUCAGAUGAGGCCAAUAUCGGACACUAUAGUCGGUACGAAUAUCUUGGCCGGGUUUGCAUCUUCCAAUGGUCAUUUCCUGGUGAUAAUAGAGAAAGGAAUGAAGAAAGAAACAUUGAAGAUAUUAUCACUUCAAGGUGCGUACGAUGGAGGCUUAACAUGUGCUGCUCGUGCGCAAGCGUGGGAGGCAAAAUUGAGAAGCACGGGCGCAGAUACUUCAGCAAUCUCCAUAUCCAUCGAGGAACAAUAUGGCGCUCUGCAAAUUAAAGCGGUUGACGGACGCGGCCAUGUCCAUUCUGCGAGGGUCAGCGUCCCAGAUAUGCCAGCCUGUGAGCAACCAUCACUUGCUGGAAGUGGCAGCACUCUGGAACUCCCACACGGAGCACCGAUCGGGGAGCUUUCAUCCGACGAAAGUAGCCGUCAGUCCUUUGCAACGCUUGAUCAGCUGCCAGAGCGCGCUGAAGCCAUACCAGGCUGA